GGGACCCGCCGGCGGCAGCGCCAACUCCGCUCGCACCUGCGGCUCAAACUUUUGUGAGGCGGCUCCGGGAGCGGCGGGAACCCGGCCGGAGCCGUCCCCCCUCCAGCCCAGCUCGGCCCUCGGCUUCCUGGAGCCCCCGUGGGCGCCAGAAGGCUCCACGGGAGCUGGAAGGGCUGCGCGAAUACUUCGGCCAGUUCGGGGAGGUGAAGGAGUGUCUGGUGAUGCGGGACCCUCUGACCAAGAGAUCCAGGGGUUUCGGCUUCGUCACUUUCAUGGACCAGGCGGGGGUGGAUAAAGUGCUGGCGCAGUCGCGGCACGAGCUCGACUCCAAAACAAUUGAUCCCAAGGUGGCCUUUCCUCGGCGAGCACAGCCUAAGAUGGUGACUCGAACGAAGAAGAUCUUUGUGGGGGGGCUAUCAGUGAACACCACGGUGGAGGACGUGAAGCAGUAUUUUGAGCAGUUUGGGAAGGUGGACGAUGCCAUGUUGAUGUUUGACAAAACCACCAACCGGCACCGAGGGUUCGGGUUUGUCACGUUCGAGAGUGAGGACAUCGUGGAGAAAGUGUGUGAAAUACACUUCCAUGAAAUCAACAACAAAAUGGUGGAAUGUAAGAAAGCUCAGCCAAAAGAGGUGAUGUCGCCGACGGGCUCAGCCCGGGGGAGGUCUCGAGUCAUGCCCUAUGGGAUGGACGCCUUCAUGCUGGGCAUUGGCAUGCUGGGUUACCCCGGUUUCCAGGCCACAACCUAUGCCAGCCGGAGUUAUACAGGCCUUGCCCCUGGCUACACCUACCAAUUCCCUGAAUUCCGUGUAGAGCGGACCCCUCUCCCGAGCGCCCCAGUCCUCCCCGAGCUUACAGCCAUUCCCCUCACUGCCUACGGACCAAUGGCGGCGGCAGCGGCGGCAGCAGCUGUGGUUCGAGGGACAGGCUCUCACCCCUGGACGAUGGCUCCCCCUCCAGGUUCAACUCCCAGCCGCACAGGGGGCUUCCUGGGGACCACAAGCCCCGGCCCCAUGGCCGAGCUCUAUGGGGCAGCCAACCAGGACUCGGGGGUCAGCAGUUACAUCAGCGCUGCCAGCCCCGCCCCCAGCACCGGCUUCGGCCACAGUCUUGGGGGCCCUUUGAUUGCCACAGCUUUCACCAAUGGGUACCACUGAAGCAGGAAUCAGGUGGCAGGAGCGCCCCAGCCUGCAGCUGACUGAGGACCACAGUGAGCCAGCGAGGGGGCGGGGACACCUCAGCCGCAGCCGCCGCCCCCUCCCCCGCAGCGACUCGGACCGCUACUGCCUGCCCCCAACUCCCCGGGCCCGGCCCCUGCCCUGCUGCCCCCGGACAGCGUCUGGCUCCCCUACUAACCUCCCUCUCUUCCGCCCUUGGCCCCCCUCCCCCACCUGCCCCUCCCCUCCCGCUUUUAUUUAUUUUGGAUUAGCCGGUUGGCCCCCACGCCCUGGUUCUCCCCUCUCAGGUCUGCACCCCUCCCUCCCUGCCGCACCCCCAUAGGACCCUCCCCCCCCCAGAAGGCUUUUGUAUUUGUGCAUAGCUAGAGUGAGGGCGGAGGGGGUCUGCUACAGGCCGCAAGCCCUAUGCUUGUUUUUUAUUCUGAUUUCCCCUCCUUUUCUCUUUCUUUUUUUCUUUUUUCUUUUUUUUUUUUUUUUUUAAGAAACCGUUUUUUAAACUAUUUCUAGGUUUGUGAAUGUGAAGCCCCAGGCCGCAGGGGGCAAGGGGCCAGGUGCCCCCCCACCAGCUGAGAACAAAAUGUCUAUGUGGGUGUGGGCCCCUGGCCACCUCCCUCCAGCCCUGGAAAGGACAGGGUUGCAGCCAGGCCAAGCCCCUGGAACCAUCCCGUCCUGUAUCAUAUGUAAAUACUGUGAGGUGAAGCCCCUACCCCUCUGUAAGACCCCUUAGGGGUGAGGGCAUCGCCUCACCCCACCUGGCAAAGGUGUCCCCCUGUGUUUCUGUCUCCUCCUCAGACACCGUUACUGUAAGCUUGCAGGCCUCAACUGUGGCCAAGGCAAGCCCGCUCGCUCAGGCCCUAGGGGUCAAGGCCUUGGGCCUGCUCACCCCAGAAACCCAGCAUGGGGCCAAAGGGUGAGGAAAGAGAAGGGCUCGCCCCGGAGCCACUGCUGGAAAGGAAUUAACUCUCCAAAGGUCUCCCCCUGCCCCCUACCUAGGUCAGGCCUUCAUGGUUUCUGCUCUGAGCCCCCCAUGAGCGGGCAUCAAGGGGGUACUUUGGGAAGGGGUGGACCCCAGGGGAAAGCAAAGGGCUUCUCAGGGAACCCCCACAUUCUCUCACUGAAGUUCCCCACCAGGAUGGUCCCACGGCAGAGCCCCUUGGCAGCCCCGAGCCCCCAAGCCCCCUUCAAAGGAAAAAGAGGCUCAGGGUCUGACUCUUCAUGAACAGUGAGUGACCUGGCUGGCAUGGCAGGGCUGAGGCCCACCUACCUGCUGUUGUCCCCCUCUCUGUGUCCCUCUCCCCCAGGUCUGAGGCUGGGGACCUAAGCUCUCUCCCCCAUCAUAGUUCCCAUCCCUGAAAACCCCCUUUGGAGAGUUAAUUGUCUGUGUGAGGUGCUUAACCUAUUAGCCCUGAGAACACAAAGCAAUAAUCUUUGUUACUGAGAUGCGCGGCUGUUCGUGGUUUUGUUUUGUUUUCUUGUUUUUUUUUUUUUUAAUGUUUCCUAAUAAAAGAGAAGCUGCAUUUUAUUGGUUUUUAUUUUUAAUUUUCUACACGUUUGAGCUGAGUCAUGAGAGACUCAGCUUCCUUCUCCUCCCCUUCUUGUGACCCCCGUCCCACCCCCACUGAGCCCACCCAUGGGCUCAGGGCCCUGGAAUUCCGUUUUCUGAUUUGUUUGGGGAAUUUUUUAAAAAGAUGUUACACGGUGUUUUGAAGCCAGCAAGUUACCACCCUCCGGUGUCUCUUCUCUCCACAUCUGUAACUUCUUUUUCCAGGUUUUAUUUUCAGUUUUAAAUUCCUAAUAAAUUAUUUGAAAACGGUG